UUCCCAUCAGACACUCAGAGGGGAUCUACAGCCGGAGGCCGAAGCCAGGAGGCGUCAAGAUGCAGGAGCUCAGACACAGAGGUGUAUCAGCUGAUGGACCCUCACAAACGAAGGAGACUCAAACUCCGAAGCCGUCUCCCCAGGCAACAGCAGCAGCAGCUGCCCCCCCCAGGCUGAGAGACCAGGGGACGAGCCCCCUGCAGUUCCCCAGUUGCGUUCAGCCGGAGCCGAACCGUGUGAGAUUUCAGCCUGAUGUUGUGGACGUGGACUCCGACACGGCGCUCCAUCACCUCACCACCAGCUCUGUCCCUCAGAGAGGAGGGGAGGGUGGCCAGGAGAGGAGGGACUCUCACCUCCGCCCCCCCGCUGGCCCCCCCGCUGGCCCGCAGAGCAGCAGCACUCUGGACCAGCUGUGGGAGAGUUUCUGUGACCGCUGGAGCCCGGAGGAGUCCCGCCCGAUCAGCGAGAGAGAGGCUUCGCUGCUGCAGCGCCUCGAACGCCUGUCCCGUCUCAUCCACAGCACGAGGGGGAACAACAUGUCAGGACUGCAGGAAGGAGAGCAAGGAAGAAGCAGAGAAGAUGCUACAGGGAAGGAAAGAACAAAGGAUGUCGGUGUAGGUAGUGAGCUCAGAGGAGGCAGAAAGGUUGAAGGUGAACCUCCAGUUCUCCGUCAGGCCUGGACACACAGUCUGCAGGUGGAGGAGACUUCUGUUCCUGCAGAGGACGACUCCUUCACCUGCAGCUCCUCCCAGAGUCCCCACCUGUGUCCUGCAGACAGAGACAAGUCAGAGACGCUGUCCUCCAUGUCCGGCUCAGGCUCCAUGUCCACUGUGGACACGGCGCGGCUGGUCCGAGCCUUCGGGGCACACCGAGUCCAAAGCCUGAAGACGAGCUCCGGCCUCAGGAGACUGUACAGCGCCAUCGACAAGCAGAAAGAAGGGAGGGAGCCGAGGAGAGGGGGGGGCAGAGAGCCGCAUCACACCUCCACGCUGUCAGAGACCACCGGCACCGACGAGUCCACAGUUGCUCCUGAUUCUGCGUCUUCAACCAGCACGUACACCCUGCCCUCCCCCCGCGGCCCCUCCAGGACCCUGGCAGCCAAGAAGGCUGUUAGGGUCGUGAGCAGAGGCAUCCAGACAGGUGACCUAGAGAUUGUCAGCAAUGGGACUCGACGACACACCAGAGACGUUGGAACCACUUUCCCUUCCCCUGGUGAAGCCCGAACAUCUUCCUCAUCCAGCUUAGAUAGAGGAGGAGGAGGAGGAGGAGGGAGGAGUCAGGGGUCACAAAAACAGAGGAAGAGCAAGAGAAGCCCGCCGAAGAGCUACCCCGAAG